AUGGGACAAUGGCUUCUGUCGCGAUAUAUCAGAAGUGGAAAGAAAAGGAGUCGAUGCUUGAGACCGUUUGCAAACGAGUCGAAUCGUGCGUUUACGUCGCUAGAGACGUGGCAGCAACUAUCGGCCUUGCUCGUGACGCAACCUCUUCGAAUCAAGCCUCUAGGUUACUAUCGGACUCCCCACAGUGUGGACAUCUAUGUCUUCGAGUGUAUCAUGAGCGACACCAGUGGCUCGCGACGCUACAGCUGGAAGAUCUAUCGUCGCUAUCGACAAUUUCAAAAGUACGUUUCGCAUUCUGCCGAAUUGAAAGCAAAUCGUUUGGUGCAGAUACCCCGUUUGUCACAAGGUCUAGUCAAGAUAUUUCACGAAUGCAACUGCAAAACCCGUCUCGUGGAGCUCACCAACUGGCUUGAAGCAGUGGUGGAGAAGACACAGGAUUAUUAUUCGCAAUUGAAGCGGAGACAGGAGGCGCAGGACAGGGACAAAUUGUGUGCUCUUCAACAGCGAAGCAUGGCGCAAAUGGUUGGAGAGAAAACUGCAAAUAUGCAGGUAAAAGCUCAUCUCACUGCGAAGAGUCCGAUUGUGCCUAGCACAAGUACUUUGAAGAAGUUGUCGGGAAAAAGCCCCAUCAUUCAGAUACGCCAAUCAAGUCGUUACGGUAGUUUGAAGGCGAUUGAGGAACAGGGAGAUCCGGCCUUGUACGUCCUGCGAGCGGACAAUUCUGAGGCUCUACCAGUCAUGAUGCUGAGCUCUUUUCUCCUCGCUGGCGCAAACUGUCCUUUCCCGCACGUUUUUAAAGGUAUGCCAAUGUUUGCCUUGUCUUUAAACGAGCGAAACGUGCAACUUGAGCGAGAAGCACGGUCUGCUUAUCCGUCGAGAAUAAAGAAUUCGACGAGGACUAGAGCGGGUCUGGGACUACGAUUGACUCCAAGUCAGGAACAAGAUGGACAAUACUUGGGUGCAACGGUAGCAGGCUUUCUCCGAAACAAGAACGAACUAGACCCUGCACUGGCAGAUAUUCCCGUUGGAGCAAGACUCGUUCGAGUAAAUGGCAUCGAUGUGAACGAUGUACCGUUUGAUCAAGUUCUAAUUCAGCUACGAAGAUUGGGUGCGUCGUCGUUGCGACUAAGAUUUGUGUACGACCAGAACAUCGAUCGCCAAGGAAUCAACGCAGCGACGUCACAUAGCAAUGCGAAUGCUACGUCUGCUGUAGAGCCAUUAAGCAGGGAGGAAAGCAGAGACCGUGAUGAUCGAAAGGAAAAUUGCAAAGAGUGUACAACCCUCGGCCACGUUGAUAUUCGAGAAGUUUCUAUGGAUUCAGCUUGUCGUUGCUUCAGUGCAGAUACCUCUCGUUCAAAGCUUGGUUUACUAGGUUUUGUCUUGGGCGAUCUGUUUGGAUGGGGGAGUAAAGUGAAAACAGCUUCAAAUUUGAAGAGAUCAGCGGACCCUGACGAUAUCAGUAAAUUUAGCAAGCGGCGUGGGAGCACAGCAGACAUCACAUUGAGAUCUGGGAAUUCGUCGUUAUGGAUUGUGGAUAAGCCAGUUCUUCGUUCGUGGGCUGAAAUCAGCGAGAAAUCACAUGACGUUAUUCUGCGUGGAUUCUAUUCUCCUUUGCCAGGAACAAUGCGUCAAGACCUGCGCUUUAGGAAUUGCACUGCGAUAAAAGAAAACAAAUUCAUUUCAAAGCACGACCAAAGCGACAGCUGUAACGGAGAGAACAACAAAUGGGUUGACAGAUCCAAUGCAUUGACGGAUUGUGAGGCACAAGGUGUGUGGAGCACCGCGUCUGGAUCCAUGGGGUUACUAUUUGGUGCAUGCCGAAUCCAUAAUGAGGAAGCGGCGAUGCUAAAGUUGCCACCUGUAUAUUUCUCCACGAAAUCGGAGCACCGUGUCAGUGGAGAAGGCCUAGGCAUGGGUUACAUAUUGACUGCAAUUAACAACGAGAGCACGUUUGGCAUUUCGUUUGCCGCUGUAAUGAAGCGUUUGCGCUCAGCUUCACGCCCCACAAGUCUGUACUUCCGUUGGUAUGAGGACUCGGGUCCAUAUCUGGACACAAAUCUUGCAGAAAAACACGAAAGCAGCCUAAAUCUGUCACGUGGCUCAAGCAAAUCCCACACGAGAGCACCUGAAGCAUUUGAAAGUUACUUGGACUGUAUGGCAGAAGCCCAAAAUGAUUUGAGUAACAGCUUGCAGCUCGCUUUGAUGGAGAACGCAUCUCUUCGCGAUGAGCUUGAUGUUCUUCUUGGCGCCCACUGCAAGUUACGGCUUGCGUACGAGCGUGCAGCUCAGAGAGAACAUAUUUUGCAAGCCAAGAUUGAGCAAAGCAACGAUGUGAUUGCUAAGCUGAACGAAUACGUGGACGUUCAAAAGCAAGAGAUAAAAAGCCUGCAUUGUCGAGCGCACGAAGCAGAGACUAUGCUUGCUUUGAAAAAAAGAGAGUUCAAGGUUAUGGUGGAAGAGGCACGUGAUAGCGCCAGGAUACGACUUGCUAAACACGAGGAGCAACUAGUACAGGAGUCAAACCGGUCGAUCAAGAAUGCGAACAAACUUGCUAAACGUCGUGUCCAGAAGAUGCUGGAAACAGCUGCAAAUGAAAUACAACGAAAGCAUGAAGAGUACUUGCAAAGGCUUGCAGAGGAGCAUUCAGACGAGUUGGAAUGUCUUGCGCAGCAAGUGGCAGUGUGGCGUCACCAAGUGGAAGUGCUCACAGAGGCUGAAAGGCGAAACUACGCGGCAUUGUUGAGCAAAGGCGUGAAUCCAUACGGGGGCCACCAGCGAUCUCGUUGUAGUUACUCGAGUGCAGAUUCGUCGUUUGUGUAUCCCAUGAGUGAGGGAAUAAACAGCAACUAUGCGUCACAAAGCACACAAGGGUCGACGCAGGUCUUAAGUGUAGAUGACACAGUGCGUGAUUGCAGUCCUGAGGAUGACAGUAUCAAGAACGUAUGCGAACCUGCUACUUAUACGCCAAACAAGGCGUUUGAUGGUAACACUGGCACUUUUUGGGACCGUAUGGCAUCGCUAUUGUCAACAGGAUGA